UGAACAAAGGAAAAACCGGUUGCCACGGGGAUUGGACAAUCAGCACAGGUGCCGAUUGAUUUUCACUUUGCCACGCCAACAGCAGCAGCAGCGGCGGAAAAUAUGCAGGAGGCCUACGUCAACAUCAACUCCAUACCCACCCACAUCUUCACGUGGGGCAGGUGGAUCGAGGAGACCAUCAGCGAGAAGGAGAUAGUCAUCUGCAUAACCGGCAAUCCCGGUUUGCCGGGUUUCUACACAGAGUUUGCGGGCACUUUGCAGCGGGAGCUGGGCGAUCUUCCAGUUUGGGUGAUAGGACACGCGGGGCACGAUGAUCCGCCAGAGGCCAGCAUCCGGGAGGUUCCCCAGCUGAGCGGCAACGAGGAGCUCUUCAAUCUGGACGGUCAAAUCCGGCACAAGAUCGCCUUCAUCGAGAAGUACGUGCCGAGUGAUGUGAAAAUCCAUUUGAUUGGCCACUCAAUCGGCGCCUGGAUGAUCCUGCAGCUGCUGGAGAACGAGCGGAUACGGGAUCGCAUCCAAAAGUGCUACCUGCUCUUCCCCACCGUGGAGCGCAUGAUGGAAUCGCCGAAUGGCUGGAUCUUCACCAAGGUGGCCAUGCCCCUGUACUCGGUGUUUGGCUACAUCUUCUUCAGCUUCUUCAACUUUCUGCCCGUUUGGCUGCGCCUGAUGCUCAUACAGAUCUACUUCCUGAUCUUCUCCAUUCCACGGCAGUUCCUGGGCACCGCCCUGAAGUACUCCAAGCCCUCGGUGGCCGAGAAGGUGGUGUUCCUGGCCGACGACGAGAUGGCCCGGGUGCGCGGCAUCCAAAGGGAGAUUGUGGAGCAGAAUCUGGACCUUUUGAAGUUUUAUUAUGGGAGCACUGAUGGCUGGGUGCCCGUCUCCUACUACGAGCAGCUGAAGAGGGACUACCCCAAGGUGGACGCCCAGCUGGACACGAAGAAGAUCGACCACGCCUUCGUCCUGCGGCACUCGCAGCAGACAGCGGGCAUUGUGAGGGACAUGAUCCAGCAGCAUCGAUCGAUCGGCUAGCCAACAGACUAUCAGAUACCCCCUAGCAAUUCCUCCACUGCCUUUGUGUGUGGCAAUUAGUUCGUUUUUAUUAGUAUCUUUUUGCAUCUCUCGAAGGAAACUCUAAAUAUAGUCAAAAGUGAUUUAAA